ACUUGCAGUUCUUUCCCCUGCCGGUAGGCGGCAGUAACACUGUUAAAUCAGGCUAAACGUGAAUAUUGAAGCGGAAAUACGUCGUCGGUCCUUUUUUCCUCCGAGGCCAGCCGUUUUGGUGAAGGGAAAAUGCAGAUCUUCGUGAAAACGUUGACCGGCAAAACCAUCACCCUCGAGGUGGAGCCCAGUGACACCAUUGAGAAUGUCAAAGCCAAGAUUCAAGACAAGGAAGGCAUCCCUCCUGACCAGCAGCGUCUGAUUUUCGCUGGCAAACAGUUGGAAGAUGGACGCACACUGUCCGAUUAUAACAUUCAGAAAGAGUCCACCCUGCACCUGGUGCUGCGUCUGAGAGGAGGGAUCAUCGAGCCUUCCCUCAGGCAGCUGGCGCAGAAGUACAACUGCGAGAAGAUGAUCUGCCGCAAAUGUUACGCACGCCUUCACCCUCGUGCCGUUAACUGCCGCAAGAAGAAGUGUGGCCACACCAACAACCUGCGCCCCAAGAAGAAGCUGAAGUAAACUGUAGCACUAGUGCGCUUGGAAAUUUGGCGGUUGUUUAACAAUAAAAUGUGAAAGGAC